AUGGCGGCGGAUCAACAGACCCAGAUGCAGCUCUCCCUCCUCCUCGGACCCGACAGUUCCCACUUCGAAACCCUUAUUACCCAUCUCAUGUCCUCCUCCAACGAGCAACGUUCUCACGCCGAGUCGCUCUUCAAUCUCUGCAAGCAAGCUCAGCCAGACUCGCUCGUCCUGAAGCUUGCCCACGCGCUCAAUUCCUCCGCCAUCGCCGAGCUUCGAGCCAUGUCCGCGAUUCUUCUCCGGAAGCAGCUCACCCGCGUAGGAGACGAUGACCCGGCGUUUGUCUAUCCGAGGCUCGCUGAGUCGACUCGGUCCACGCUUAAAUCCGUUCUCCUCGCGUCACUUCAACAGGAGGGUUCGAAAUCUAUAGCGAAGAAGCUCUGUGACACAAUCUCGGAGCUCGCAUCCGCGGUCCUGCCGGAGAACGGGUGGUCGGAGCUGUUGCCUUUCAUGUUCCAGUGCGUCACCGCCGCAGACAGUCCUAAUCUCCAAGAAUACUCACUGUUGAUCUUCUCGAGAUUGGCUCAGUACAUUGGUGAGACGCUAAUUCCUCACCUGACCACAUUACAUUCGGUGUUUUUUCAGUCGCUGAGAAGCUCUACCUCUGCGGAUGUUAGAAUUGCGGCGUUAGGUGCAUCCAUCAAUUUUAUCCAGUGUUUGACUAGUGCCUCGGAUAGAGAUUUGUUCCAGGAUUUGUUGCCUCUGAUGAUGCAGACUUUGACUGAGGCAUUGAAUUCUGGUCAAGAAGCGACAGCACAGGAAGCGUUAGAGCUUUUGAUAGAACUUGCUGGUACUGAACCUAGGUUUCUAAGGAGGCAAUUGGUUGAAGUUGUUGGUUCAAUGCUUCAGAUUGCGGAAGCUGAGUCAUUGGAAGAAGGAACAAGGCAUUUGGCUAUAGAAUUCGUCAUCACGUUAGCUGAAGCACGUGAGAGGGCUCCCGGUAUGAUGAGGAAGCUGCCACAGUUUAUCAGCAAACUGUUUCAAGUGUUGAUGAAUAUGCUUUUGGAUAUUGAGGAUGACCCAGCAUGGCAUAGUGCUGAGACUGAGGAUGAGGAUGCCGGCGAGACAAGCAACUAUGGGUUUGGACAAGAAUGUCUGGACAGGCUUGCCAUAUCUUUGGGUGGGAACACUAUUGUUCCUGUUGCGUCCGAGGUAUUCUCGAGUUUCUUGGCUGCUCCAGAGUGGCAGAAGCACCAUGCUGCUCUCAUUGCUGUUGCCCAAAUCGCAGAAGGUUGCUCAAAGGUCAUGACACGGAACCUGGAACAGGUGGUUUCUAUGGUUUUGAACUCUUUUCAGCAUCCUCAUCCUCGUGUCCGAUGGGCAGCUAUCAAUGCAAUUGGACAGUUGUCCACGGACUUGGGACCUGUUUUGCAAAAUCAAUACCAUCAGUCUGUGCUUCCCGCAUUGGCUGGAGCCAUGGAUGAUUUUCAAAGUCCUCGAGUUCAGGCACAUGCUGCUUCUGCUGUUCUAAAUUUCAGUGAGAAUUGUACCCCAGAGAUCUUGACGCCAUAUCUGGACGGGAUUGUUAGCAAGCUUCUCGUACUUCUUCAGAACGGGAAACAAAUGGUACAAGAGGGUGCUUUGACUGCUUUAGCAUCAGUUGCUGACUCUUCGCAGGAGCUGUUCCAAAAAUACUAUGAUGCCGUGAUGCCUUACUUGAAAGCUAUUUUGGUGAAUGCAAAUGACAAAGCCAAUCGUAUGUUGCGCGCUAAAUCAAUGGAGUGUAUUAGUUUGGUUGGAAUGGCUGUUGGGAAAGAAAAAUUUAAAGAUGAUGCAAAGCAGGUCAUGGAAGUGCUCAUGUCAUUACAAGGAUCUCAAUUGGAAGCGGAUGAUCCAACCACGAGCUACAUGUUACAGGCUUGGGCUAGACUCUGCAAAUGCCUUGGGCAGGAUUUUCUCCCUUACAUGAGUGUAGUCAUGCCACCUUUGCUUCAAUCUGCGCAGCUUAAGCCUGAUGUAACCAUUACAUCUGCUGAUUCAGAUGCUGAUAUUGAUGAUGAAGAUGAUAGUAUUGAAACCAUCACUCUUGGUGAUAAGAGGAUUGGGAUCAAAACUAGCGUCUUGGAAGAGAAAGCUACUGCUUGUAACAUGCUGUGUUGCUAUGCGGAUGAACUGAAAGAAGGAUUUUUCCCAUGGAUUGAUCAGGUUGCUCCUAUUUUGGUUCCUCUCCUUAAGUUUUAUUUCCAUGAAGAAGUUAGGAAGGCCGCAGUAUCAGGUAUGCCUGAGCUGUUGCGUUCAGCCAAACUAGCUGUGGAGAAAGGGCUAUCUCAAGGCCGUAAUGAUUCCUAUGUUAAACAAUUGAGCGAUUAUAUAAUACCUGAAUUGCUGGAGGCUUUGCACAAGGAGCCUGAAGUGGAGAUAUGUGCAAGCAUGUUGGAUGCAUUGAAUGAAUGUGUACAGGUUUCUGGAAACCUGCUAGAUGAAAGCCAAGUGAGGGGUAUUGUUGAUGAAAUGAAGCAGGUCGUAACAGCAAGCUCAGCUAGGCGGACAGAGCGAGAAGAAAGAGCCAGAGCAGAAGACUUUGAUGCAGAAGAAAGUGAGAUACUUAAAGAAGAAAACGAGCAAGAGGAAGAAGUUUUUGAUCAAAUUGGUGAUUUGCUGGGUACUUUGAUAAAAACGUUCAAGACCUCUUUUCUUCCCAUGUUUGAUGAGCUCUCAUCUUACAUAACUCCCAUGUUGGGUAGUGAUAGAACAGCAGAGGAAAAGAGAAUAGCUAUUUGUAUAUUUGAUGAUGUUGCUGAGCAUUGUCGCGAUGCAGCUCUUAGAUACUAUGAUACAUAUGUUCCUUUCCUAUUGGAAGCAUGCAACGAUGAAAAUACUGAUGUUCGUCAGGCUGCUGUCUAUGGGAUCGGUGUCUGUGCUGAGUUUGGUGGAUCUGUUUUCAGACCUCUUGUUGGAGAGGCCCUUUCCAGAUUGGAUGUUGUAGUUAGACAUCCUAACGCUCGGCAUUCAGACAAUGUAAUGGCUUAUGACAAUGCUGUUUCAGCUCUUGGAAAAAUAUGUCAGUUCCACCGUGAAAGCAUCGAUGCAGGAAGGAUUGUUCCUGCCUGGUUAAACUGCUUGCCAAUUAAAGGGGACACGAUCGAGGCGAAAAUUGUACAUGACCAACUUUGCUCGAUGGUCGAGAGAUCUGAUCAGGAUCUAUUAGGCCCCAACCAUCAAUAUCUUCCCAAAAUAGUGGCCGUCUUUGCUGAGGUCUUAUGCGAAGGAAAUAACCUAGCGACGGAACAAACGGUGAGGAGGAUGAUCAACAUCUUGAGGCAGCUUCAACAGACAAUGCCUCCAUCAGCAUUAGCUUCGACAUGGUCAUCUCUACAACCACAGCAACAGCACCUUCUCCAAUCCAUCCUCUCGUCCUAACUCUCGCCCUCUUCUUCUACGUCGUGUAAGUUUGAUUUCGGGUUUUCAGUGGUUGGUGAUCCUGAAAGUGUGUAUGUGUGUAUGGACAUGAAUAUGUGAUUCAUGGGGUGGUAACUCUGCUGAAACCAGAAGGGUGGUGAAUGAGUUAAUGCCCCACAGAAAGAAGGGGAAAGUUUUGAAGGGCUUUUUUUUUUGUAUGGUAAUGUUGUGGACCAAAAAAAAGGGCUAAUAGCCUAAUCAGUUUUGGAUGGUGGUUUUGUAUCAAUGUUUCAAAAGCUUAUUUGUUUCU